GCAGGUAAUUCACAGGUGAGUCCUGACGUCAUACAGGAAGUGGCCUGCGGCACGGUGGAGUUUCUGCUUCUCUGUUGAGCCAUUGUUUUUGCUUGAAAAUAACGGUCAUUAUAUUUUUCAAAGGGAAAGGCCAGACACGGUGGAGAGAUGUGCACUUUUGAUAAGGAGAAAGGGCCAAGGAGGCUGAUGAAGAAGGGAUUAACGCUCAUCCUGGUCGGCCAUAUUAACUUCAUUCUUGGUGCUAUUGUCCAUGGCAAUGUCCUCCGCCACAUUUCCAAACCAGACAAGCACAUCUCCACUGAGUACACUGUCGCCAACAUCAUCUCUGUCACCUCUGGCCUGCUGAGCAUUGCGGCAGGGAUUAUUGCCAUUGUGGUGUCAAGGAAUCUUCAUGUGUUAAAACUGCAAAUAGGACUUCUAAUCGCAUCAUUCCUGAACGCCCUGCUGUCUGCAGCAUGCUGCACUGGGCUCCUAUUGGCCAUUAGCAUCACUGUGGCCAACAAUGGUGCAGGUUUGAUGAUUGGCUGCAACGGCACAGAGGUGCCCAUCAACGCUCGGUCACCUGUCAGUGCCCGGUGCCCGUUUGAUACGACACGAAUCUAUGACACCACCCUGGCCAUGUGGAUCCCUUGUGCCUUCUUGGCGGCAGUUGAGGCUGGCCUGUCGGUAUGGUGCUUCAUCGUUGGAUUGGCCCUCAGAGGGCUGGUCCCCUGUGGGAAAAGCUACAUCAAAGAGCAGUUUGUGGAAGGAGCUCCCCACAGCCAACGCCUGAUUGGAAAGCGUUUAAACCCUGAUGCCUAACUUAACAAAAAGCAGGAAGGACCACACUCCGUGUAAACAAGCACAGCCAAAUCCCAAAAAGGCAUUGCUGCACCUGUAUUGAGAGUAAAUGUCAGACAGUCAGCUAGGUGAGUGUCACUGUGGAGUAGAAAUGGAAUCAGAUUUAAGAAACUGUUCUUUGCUUUGCAGUAUCAUACAGCCACAAACCCAGGUUCACAGAUGGGUAACCAAACUGUAUUUGUUUUGUACCAGCUUACAUUGUGUGUUAAGGUGAGCAGAAUACAGUACCUGAUGGAACCAUAAAUGGUAUAUUAUUUUACGGCAACAUAUCCAAAGAAAUACUUUCAACAAUGUACUUUUCAUAAGUAGGUGCAGGUAUUUUUGUGCAGAUAAUGGGAGUAAGUAUAGGUAUGUGGAAGCUUAAAUAUAAAAAUGAAGUCUUAUCCGUUUCCAGCCAUGACUGUUGAGUUUUAAUGGUCCAAAUAUGCAAUAUCUUUCUGUAUGAAUAAACUUUAGUUUAUGAAGAAAACACUUUUUUAUAUCCAGCAAAAUUAUGUUAGAUGAAUUUAGGAAUAUUUUAUGUUUUUAUUAAUUCAAAUUUUUUGCCAAAUGUAUUUGUUUUUUCUUAGUGCUUGAUGUUUUUAUUAUUUGACAAUUUCUACACAAGACACUCAAUUGCAUCAGAGAUGCAUUCAACAAAUCAUAUCAGUCAAUGUUUGCAUAUAAACAUGUUUAAUUCCAACAGAUAUUUACGGUAAAUUCUAACUGUUCAAUUGUAAAUUAUUAUGUGAAAUUAAAUAAUCAAAAUGCUUGAUUUGUUUGCUAUAUAAACUAAUCUUAUUAUGCAGAUCUAGUCUUUGGCCUUAAUUCAUUUGGUAGGCUAAAUGACACAAGUUGUUUCUAUAUUUAGAUCAUUUGAAAUACAACUGCAAUUGUUGACAUGUUCA